AUGGUUUCGCCAGUCUUCAGCAUAUUCUGGGAUCAGCUCAAAUCCCUUAAGCCAUCCUUUGUCUCCAAGAAGCCCCAUUUCAACUUCAUUACUGUUCAUUACUUCUGGGUCAUAGGACUGUCCAUUCUGGCGUCUGUGGUCAUCUAUGGCACUGCCGCAGGGGAACUCGCAUAUAUAGAUGCCUUGUUCUUUGCCGUCGGUGCAAACACACAGGCGGGAUUGAACCCGGUUGAUGUGAACAAGCUGAAUACGUGCCAGCAAGUCAUCAUCACCCUGUGUUCCAUGGCCUCGAGCCCCAUCACCAUCAACUCCUUUGUCGUAUUCCUACGCCUCUUCUGGUUCGAAAAGAAAUUCCAGAACAUUGUGCGCGAGGCGCGCAACCGCAGGACUACCAUCUCAAAGUCCAAGUCUACGGCACAGCCAGAGCAGACUCGGCCGCAGAACGGCGUUAAUGGCCGCCACAUAACGGUUAUGCACAAUGGCAACCCAACGAGGAUGACCAACGACGGGAUCGUGUUAGAUAAUGCGGGUGACAAGCCCUCGAAUGGUAGCAGUUCGGGCGUCAGUCCUCACGGGACGCCCCCCGAGCAGGAUCCCGGUCCAGCGGUGACUGAGAGUCCGGGCCCAGGCAUUCGGUUUGCAGGAACCGUGAAGAGAAGUGAUGGUGUCGAGGACGACCAGCUCAAGUUCCCGCGCAAACGAACCGACGAGGAGCACAUUGCUAUCCUGGAACGCCAGCGCAACAACAACAAUGACGAGAUCCUUCGUAUACCGGGACCGAUGGAUGUUGAGAGGGGACUACGCCCGAGCAGGAUCGAGGAGGACUCCGACGAACCACCAGAGCCCGUCUCCCCAGGGGCGCGGGCCAGCAGUGCGGGUGAUGCGGACAGGUCGGAGCGCCCUAAGGGGAUCACGAUCCAGGAACCAGCUGCAAAGGAACCGAGGCACAACAGCACGAUGGACGACAUAAACGACGAUGCGAGGGCUUUCAUAAACGUGCUCACCCCAUUUAGACUCCGCAAGCCCCGUUUCUUUAACAACGGUGACGACAAGCUCCACCACGAGCAGGACGCACCGUUCUCGCGGAUAAAGAGGCGCCAGACUCUCGACACGAUCAGGAACGCCCUCACCAGAGACAAGGACCAAGACGAAGCGCCGUACCUGAGCUGGCAGCCCACGCUGGGACGGAACUCGCAGUUCCAUGACCUGACCGAAGACCAGAGGGAGGAGCUGGGCGGCAUCGAGUACAGGUCCCUCAAGACCCUGUCGUUAAUACUUACUGUGUACUUCUGGGGAUUUUGGAUCCUGGCGGUAGUGUGCCUCACCCCAUGGAUUAUCAACUCAUCUUAUGGCUCCAUCGUGGAUGAUGCCGGUCAGUCAAGGCCAUGGUGGGGCAUCUUCAUGGGCAGCUCUGCCUUCAUGGACCUGGGCUUCACCUUGACUCCCGACAGCAUGAUCUCCUUCAACACGGCUGUCUUCCCGCUCUUGGUCAUGAGCUUCUUCAUCGUCAUUGGGAAUACGGGGUUCCCCGUGAUGCUUCGUUUCAUCAUCUGGGUCACGAAUCUCUGGGUACCUCGACACUCCGGCUUAUGGGAAGAGCUUCGGUUCCUGUUGGACCAUCCGCGUCGAUGCUUCACUUUGCUGUUUCCCGCGGCGGCGACGUGGUGGCUCUUCUGGCUACUCGUCAUCCUGAACGGGAUCGACUUGAUCUUUUUUAUUAUACUAGAUCUCGGCACUGGACCGAUCGUCAAGUUGUCUCCCGGAAUCAAGCUCCUAGACGGGCUCUUCCAAGCAGCAUCGACGCGGACGGCAGGGUUCGCAUGCGUUAAUCUCGCUGAUUUACACCCCGCUGUCCAGACGUCCUACCUCAUUAUGAUGUAUAUCUCCGUCUUUCCCAUUGCCAUCUCGGUCCGUCGCACCAACGUCUACGAGGAGAAGUCCCUUGGUAUCUACCAGGACUUGUCCGGCGAGGAUGACGAGGGUGCGCUAUCGAGCUCCUUCAGCUACGUCGGCGCCCAUCUGCGGCGUCAGCUUUCCUUCGACUUGUGGUUCAUCUUUAUCGGCUUCUUCAUCCUGUCGAUAUCGGAGGGCAAUCGCCUGUCGAAAAAUGACUUCUCCAUGUUCGCCGUCCUCUUCGAGAUUGUGAGCGCGUACGGCACAGUCGGCCUGAGCCUAGGGUACACCGGUGUUAAUACCUCGCUGUCUUCUCAGUUCACCGUCGUGGGGAAGCUGGUCAUCAUCGCGAUGCAGAUCCGAGGCCGCCACCGUGGCCUGCCGUACGGCCUCGACCGCGCCGUCCUCCUCCCCAGCGAGUCCCGGUUCCGUAACGAGGCCGAGGAGCCGGCUCUGACGGGCGUGAGGACGCGGACGAUGCCCAGGAGGGGCUCGGCCGUGUCGGUGGCGACGGAUGGCAGGAGCCUCAACCGUGGGCGUACCAAGAGCAUGGACAACCGGGUCGACCGCGUCAACUCCAACGUACUCUCCCAGUUGCUGCAGAUUGGCCCCCCGAUACCACACCAUGACACGAGUCUUAGGAGGGUGACGUCUGACCCGACCGUGGACGAACAGGGACCCACCCUCGGGCCGGCUUUCGAUCCGUAUAUGAGCAUGCCACGCCGGUCAGAGACGUACUCUACAUCGAGGCGUUCGGUCAACAACGCGACGUUAGCAAGAGAAAGAGACAGGGACAGGGAGGAGGUCUAA